AUGGCCGUCAUCUUUCUAGUAUUUGCUCGGAACCCUGCCCCCGAGGAAUUUGUUACCCUCGUUACCGAAGCCCUUCAAAGGAUCAGUCCUAACCUCACCGUGUCCGAGCGAACUGAAGAUACUAUUACCUUCACUUCUCCUGUGCUGCAGACCAUCGAAAUCUACCAUGAUAUUGUCGAAUCAUGGUUCCAUUCGGACCCUCCAAUUAUCACUACCUCCCGAAUGACGGCAUCACCUCCUCUCCUACUCCCACGCCUUUGA